AUGGAACUGAAUAUGCAUCUGCAUUUGGAUCCUAAGACGUAUAGAACUGAAAGUGCUAUUGAUGGUGGCGAAACUCUUGCUAGCUUUGGCUUUGCCCCUACACCUGAAGGAUAUGAAAUUGGCACUGCUCGCGCUGAGGGUGGGUCUUUAUCUCGAUUUGGUGAAACCCCUUCUUCUGUUUCAAAUGCUGGUGGUGAAUCAACGGACUAUGUUGCAAUAGAUCGUGCCUUUGCCGGGAGAGAAGAGCGACGCCGGACCCUCCAUUUGGUCUGUUCAGUUCGAGGUCAUGAAAGGUUAAGUCCAGUGACUGAUUCAUAA